AUGAUCGUCAGGAAUAAAAAGAUUGCGACGAUCACCUUCAAGGAAUUCAUCGGUCCCAGCGUGAUAAUGAUGCGGUGUAUCGGAAUGCCAUUUAUGCAGUGCGUACUUACCGGGGAAAACAAAAUGCCAACGAUUUUGGAAACAAUUGUCUGUGCAUUGUGCAUCACAGGAACCUGGCUAGUUAUAGCUGUCGAAUUCCGAACUUUGCUGUUCAUAUGGCAAGACAACCCUAUGCAUGCACUAAACUCGGUUCCCACGAUAAUCUCAGUCGUCCUCUCAGCUGCAAAGGGUGUAAGACUUAUUCAGAAGCGAGUGGAGUUGAGGAACCUCCUUCAGAAGAUGGCGAUACAUUGGGAAAAUUCAGUUGAUCUAAACUCAAACGCCGUUGACGAGAUGCUCGAUAAAUUGUUUGUUACUAGAAACAUUUAUUUCACUAUAAUUGUGGGCGGCUUCAUCUUCUAUACUUUACCUAGAUAUAUAGACAUCACUAUUCAGUACAUAUUUAUGAAGACCGAGAACCGUUCGUACGAUCAUACGCAGAUGGUGUAUCCAAUAAUGUAUCCGUUUCCAUUGAAGACCGCGUUCGUCUACUUUCUUGUCAACAGUCUGGAACAGGCUUUUGUGGUAAUCGCAGUAAUAAUGUGGGUAUCCUGCGAUAUAUUGUUUGCACACCUGACCACAUUUACAGCCAUCCACUUGCGGCUUCUGCGUCAUAAACUUGAGAAAGUUUUCAAUGACAAAGGUAUGGCUCGGCCCGACAAUAUCGUCGAGUUGAAAGUCAUCGUUCUCAUCGGACAUCAUUUGGAACUAUUGAGUAUAUGCAACGCGAUCGAAAGCAUAUUCAGCCCUGUAGUGAUGUUGACGAUGCUGCUGUGCGCUACCAACAUGUGCGUCUGCAUGUACCAAAUGGAGAAGAUGCUGUCCAUGGGAGACUACAUAGAAGUUGUACUGAACUGGGUACACCUCUCCGCUCUGUUUAUGAUGAUCGUGACAUUUUGCUGGUUUGCAACAAUGCUAACUGACCAGACGGAGGGAGUCGGUCAUGGGGCUUACGAGUCGAGCUGGUUCGGUUGCGAUCGCUCGAUGAAGACUCUCCUCAUGGUCAUAAUGAGACGCUCGCAGACGCCCUUCUUCUGCACGGCGUAUGGCUUCUUUCCCCUCAGCUUAAACCAGGUUGCCACGAUCUUCAGUUCUGCGUUGUCCUACUUCUCGAUUCUACGAUCGAUGACAUGACCACGCUGCAUCUGUAUUCUGAGAUAGCAUGUUCCAUAGUCCGUUGAUUCCCCGAUCACGAUGAUUAUUGAAAAUCCGAAAUUUACAAUUCUUAUCGCGUUCCGUCGAUUUCGUGUCUUUGGAUAUGCAAAAGUGUUAAUAAAAAAAGCCA